AUGAGGAGAACGGAAGACAGAGGCGAGAGAACAGAUAACCAGCCAGAGUCCGGAGGCGCGGUUUGCUGCGGAGCGUGUGAGGCGUCGUCGGAGCACACGGUGUCGCUGCAGGCUCAGAAACGGCGGCGGAGCGGCGAGGCGGCUCCGCCCCGGUGCGGCGGAGAGCCCGGCUGUGAGCGCGGGGGGGCGGCGCGGGGCGGGCAGGAGAGCCGGACGUCUGUGUUCCUGAUACUCGCGAAUCCGCUGGACCGCGAGACGGUGCCCGUGCACCGAUUGGUGUUGACGGCGAGUGACGGGGGCCGUCCGUCGCUGACGGGCACGAUGGAGCUGGUGAUCUCGGUGCUGGACGCCAACGACAACGCGCCCCAGUUCAACCAGUCGGUGUAUAAAGUGCAGCUGCCGGAGAACGCUGCUGAGGGGACACUGGUGGUGCGUGUGAACGCCACGGAUCCGGACCAGGGUCUCAAUAGCGACUUUUCUUACAGCAUCGUCAGUUCGGUUCCUGUUGGUAACAGAGAUCUGUUCACCGUUGACUCGAGGACGGGCGAUGUCAGACUGACGGGUGCCCUGGAUUUUGAAGACGUCCGCUUACACGAGUUACAAAUCGAAGCGACAGAUAAGGGGACACCCCCGCUGUCGGGUCAUUGCAGCGUAGAGCUGCAGGUAUUGGACGUGAACGACAACGCGCCGGAGGUGUGGGUGACGUCGCUGUCGGUGCCGGUGCCGGAGGACGCGGCGUUGGGGACGGUGGUGGCGCUGCUGAGCGUGUCGGACGGCGACUCGGGGGCGAACGGUCGCGUGCGGUGCGCGGUGUGGCCGGCGUCGCCGUUCGGUCUGGUGUCGAGGUUCGCGGGGUCGUACUCGCUGGUGCUGCGGGAGGCGCUGGACCGGGAGCGGGUGUCGGAGUACGAGGUGGAGGUGCGCGCGGAGGACGGCGGGUCGCCGCCGCUGCGCGCCAGGCGCGGGGUGCGCGUGCCGGUGUCGGACGUGAACGACAACGCGCCGUCGUUCCUGCAGGCCGUGUACACGGUGCUGGCGCGGGAGAACAACGCGGCGGGCGCGGAGCUGGGGCGCGUGUGGGCGCGGGACCCGGACGAGGCGGGCAACGGUCGCGUGAGCUACUCGCUGUGGGAGGGCGGCGUCGGGGGCGCGUCGGCGUCGUCGGGGUGGCGCGCGGCGUCGAGCUACGUGUCGGUGGAGGCGGAGAGCGGUCGGGUGUGGGCGCUGCAGCCGCUGGACUACGAGGAGGUGCAGGUGCUGCAGUUCGAGGUGCGUGCGGUGGACGCGGGGGAUCCGCCGCUGAGCGGCAACGCCACGGUGCAGGUGUUCGUGGUGGACGAGAACGACAACGCGCCGGCGCUGCUGCCGUCGUCGGUGGGCGGUGGCUGGGGCGGGUCGUCGUCGAUGGAGGUGGAGGCGGUGGCGGCGGGGUCGCUGUGGGCGUGGGCGUCGUGGGGCGCGCCGGCGGGUCAGGUGGUGGCGAAGAUCCGUGCGGUGGACGCGGACUCGGGCUACAACGCGUGGCUGCGGUACGAGUUGUGGGAGCCGCGUGGGAAGGGCCCGUUCCGCGUGGGUCUGUACAGCGGCGAGGUGACGACGUCGCGGGCGCUGGAGGAGGCGGACGGUCCGCGUCAGAGGCUGGUGAUCGUGGUGCGGGACCACGGGGAGCCGUCGCGCUCGGCCACGGCCACGCUGAGCGUGUCGCUGGUGGAGGGCGGCGAGGCAGCGGCGGCGGCGUCGGGGGGCUCUUCGUCGUCGUCGUCGUCGGGUCUGCGUCCGUGGUCGGGGUCGGAGGGCGUUGGGUCGUCGUCGGGAGCGUCGUCGACGAACGUGUGGCUGGUGGUGGCGAUCUGCGCGGUGUCGAGCGUGUUCCUGCUGGCGGUGGUGCUGUACGGGGCGUCGCGGUGGGCGCCGCGGGCGGCCGUGCUGUCGGGGGCCGGUCCGGCGAGGCGGGUGUGCGCAAGCGAAGUGGGGAGCUGGUCGUCCUCCCAGCGCGAGCGUCGGAGCCUGUGCGUGGCGUGGUCGUCGUUGUCGGGUCUGCGUCCGUGGUCGGAGGGCGUUGGGUCGUCGUCGGGAGCGUCGUCGACGAACGUGUGGCUGGUGGUGGCGAUCUGCGCGGUGUCGAGCGUGUUCCUGCUGGCGGUGGUGCUGUACGGGGCGUCGCGGUGGGCGCCGCGGGCGGCCGUGCUGUCGGGGGCCGGUCCGGCGACGCUGGUGUGCGCCAGCGAAGUGGGGAGCUGGUCGUACUCGCAGCGCCAGAGCCGGAGCCUGUGCGUGGCGGAGGGCGCGGGCAAGAGCGACCUGAUGGUUUUCAGCCCCAACUUCCCGCCGCCGCCCGGCCCCGCGGCGAAGGAGACGCAGCCGGAGCCGCCCGCUCUGCUGGACACGAAAAACCGCGGAGCUUGUCAGCCGAGCGGGCAGAGCCACGACCUGUCAUUCCCCGACCGGAGCCCCGCUGCGGAACCCGGGAAUGCAGUAGGAAAAGGCUGCCCGCAGAAGCAGACGCGGUCGGACACCAGGUGCCGCUGUUGGCCGCGAAGGCGCUGUGAGCCCGCAGGAGGACGGCAGCUCCUCCCUGAGCCGCUGUCACGGCUGCCAUAA